GCCUUGCGGCCAGUGCGCAUGCGAGCGUUGGAAGGGGGUCAGGGCGGGGGAGGGGGACACGGAGCAAGACCCCGCCCCUCGCGGCUCCACGCGUGACGUCGCGGGGGGCCUCCGCCCGGCUCCGAGCGCAGGUUGUCCGAGAAGACUCCUUUGCUCCUCAUGGGCAGCUGCCAGGCCUGGCACAACCUGCAUCUCUGUCUGGCCCACCACCCACCUCUGGUCUGUGCCAAUCUGAUCUUGCUGCUCCUCGGCCUCUCUGGCCUGGGCCUGGGUGGCUUUUUCCUUACCCACAGGACCGGGCUGCGCAGCCCUGACAUCCCUCAGGACUGGGUCUCCUUCUUGAGGUCUUUCGGCCAGCUGACCUUGUGCCCUGUGAAUGGGACAGUCACGGAGAAGUCGCAGGGGUCUCACCUCGUGGGGCUGCUGACCACCUUGAAAUUUGAAGAUGGUCCAGACAGGAACAAGACUAAAACAUUCCAAGCCAAGAUCCCGGGAAGUCAAAUGGGAUUGAAAGGAUCUUCUGCACAGGAGCUGAUCCUCAUCACAGCCAGGGCGGCCACAGAAAGGACUCCAGGAACCUGUCUGUAUUUUAGCGCCGGCCCAGGAAUCCUGCCCUCCAGCCAGCCACCCAUAUCCUGCUCGGAGGAGGGAGCAGGCAAUGCCACCCUGAGCCCCAAGAUGGGUGAGGAAUGUGUCAGGGUCUGGAGCCAUGAAGGCCUUGUGCUCACCAAGCUCCUCACCUCGGAGGAGCUGGCACUGUGUGGCUCCAGGCUGCUGGUCUUGGGCUCUUUCCUGCUCCUCUUCUGUGGCCUUCUGUGCUGUGUCUCCGCUUCGUGCUUCCCGCCGCGCCGCCGGGAGUCCAGAGCCCGGCUCUGAGGGCCAGAGCCAAGUCCUGCCUUGUUCUCAGGUGUGAAUCAACUUCUCGCGCAUCAACUUCUCGCGCCUUGGUUCUGAGAUGGAAGAAAUGUUACAAAAAGUGAAGUGCUGGAAUAUAGGGGAAAAUAAAAGGCGUUUUUGGGCCCAG